AUGCUCCAGCUCCAGCUCCUGCUCCACGCCAUCUCCCUCGCACUCACCCAUGUCCCAAUCCGAACCACAGUACCCAUUCACAUACCCAUCAACAACCCAACCCCCAUCUCCACCCACAUCCAUAUCCCCAACACUACCCAUUCUCUCACCCUCAGCAACAUCCAGAGGGAAUUUUCGCGGACUAUGGACAUAAUUUGUUACCUGCUAGUUAUAGUUUUGUUCAACACCCAGGCGUAUGAAACGUUUUCUCAAUGUUUACACGGGUGCAGCUGUGUGGAAGAACGUCAUGGAAGGUCGCUUGUUUGUAUGGAGGAGAGUGCGUUUGGGGCCAUACCAGAGAACCUUUCAGAUGAUAUGACCAAAAUACGCAUAGAAAAAUCUCACUUCACAGAAAUACCCAGAGGGGCUUUCUCACAAACACCUGCCUUGGAGAACUUGUGGUUGAACUUUAAUGAUAUCACAGUGAUAAACUCAAAGGGUCUGGAGGGUUUGGGGAACUUAACCGAGCUCCGUCUGCAGGGGAACAAGCUCCGGUCAGUACCAUGGACAGCGUUCGAGGACACGCCGGCCCUAAAGAUCCUGGACCUGAAGCACAACCAGCUGGACGUCCUUCCGGAGCAUGCGUUAAAAUUUUUGCCAGGUCUGACUUACUUAGACUUAUCCUUCAAUCGGCUUACGGUCAUAUCGAAGGAAGUCUUCCAAAAUUGGCCUCUCUACCAAAAACUGCAGAGCAUGGAGGAGCAAGAUGCGACUGCUUUCGAGUCGAACGUCGUCCUGGCGCUCCACGACAACGCCUGGCUCUGCGACUGCCGCCUGAAAGGUUUCGUGGAGUUCAUCAGGUCCCUAAGCCCCCCGAUUAUACUGAUGAACUCCUACUUGACCUGCUCAGGGCCGGGCUCUAGGGCGGGCAAGUUCUUCCAUGAGGUAGAGCUGCUGGCGUGCAUGAGUCCCGUCGUCACCACCCAGUCCUCCAACAUCAGCCUGCCCCAGGGCGCGAACAUCACCCUCCGCUGCCUCGCUAAGGCCAGGCCAGACCCCGCAGUGUGGUGGACAUAUGGUCUAAAGAUAAUCAGAGGAUUUCAUGAGUCUCAGGAAAGAGUGGAUGAAGACACCAUCAGAUCCCUCUUGGUGAUCCCAUCUCUCCGUGCAGCUGACCGUGGUCUCUACACCUGCACUGCUAUCAACUUCAUUGGAAACGCCUCUGUCGGCAUCCUCCUGGACGUCCUCUCUUCUGGCGACUCCUACCCAUCACUCCCUGGCAUCCCGGCUCAUCCACCUGCUGCUGUUGAUGAAAACGUCUACAUUGACAUCCGCAUUGCCAAACAGACAGUACACGGCAUCUCCAUUGAGUGGUACGCUACCUUGGACCGUCCUGCUGAAACCUGGUUCACAAUCCACUUAGGCCUUGCCGGCACUGAUAAGAAAGAAAUGAUCUACAUCGGCCCUGGGAUUCACUCUUAUUCUGUCUCUGACCUGAUGCCUGCUACCAAAUAUGAAAUCUGUGUAACUCUUAAGAACCAGACACCACGUACUGGACAGUGCAUUGUGUUUGUGACAGGAAGUGACAUUACUGAGAUGGAACAAAGGCAGAAACUGAUUCAUAUAAUAGUGAUAGUUUUAGCCAUGGUGCUGGCUGUACCUAUAGGUAUGUAUGCCUGCACCACUGACACUAAGUUCGCCUGCCUGGAGGGUAUCAUGGAGUCCUGGAAGAACCGACAGAGAGGAAACAGCUCGCCAGGGAUAGAGCGGGAGAGGCAAGGCACCUUUGACAGCCUACAGGCUGCCAGUGAUGAGGGCCUGGUUAAUAAAGAUUCCAGUGAAGACAGGAAAGUGAGGAGGAGGUCAGAUGACAGACUGCACAAGUUCAAGGUUGACAACAACAGACCCACGGCUGAACUAUAUUAAGUUGUUAUCUUUUCCUCUGUUCUAGGCCGAGGAGUUUGUUGCACAGACGUGAAUGCUGACUGUUAUGUCAAGAGUGUAAUUCAAGGACCUGCACCACUGUAGAGAAAAGAUGCAGUUUCUUUCUGUCUGAAUGAUGACAUGUUUGUCUUGUUGUCAUGAUAAUGUCAAUGAUCACAUAUUUUAAAUUGCUGCUUCGGAUAAAGCCUUUGUGAUCGAUUUAAAUAGAGGAAUACUCACAUUUACUGCUGAUGAGUCUUUCAGUCGUACAUGCUCACUUAUCUUCUGCUUUAUUUGUAUGUAAUUCUCUAUUUGUGUUCUGACUGAUUUCAUUUUGGUGUACCUCUUUGGCUCAACCAUAAAUUCAGUUGACAUA